UUUUAAAUAGCGCGCAUCCAAGACAUUUGAUUGCAAAGCUUUUAAAUCUGUAUACAUUGAAUUUUGGCUUAGGCGCUAUUAUAUGUUAAGUUAGUCCUGUAGAAUUUACAUAUAAAGCUAAUCAGCAUUGAGAAAUGAAGAAGUUCGAACGGGCUAGGCGCACGUGUUGAAUGUUGCGCAACUUUUUGACAUGCAAAGCCCUAUUGGGCAGUAUGCUGCUCCGUCCUGUGAUGUUGUGGCCCAAUCUGGCCGACUCAAAUGGUACUGCAACGAGAUUCUUAGAAGAAUCGAAGGUUCAGGACCUAUUUCAGUAAUAGAGUUCAACAGAGAAGGCACACAUCUGGCUUAUGGAAACGCCGAUGGGAUUGUUAGUGUCAUUGAAAUUGGCCAAGCGGAUCUUUCUGAAACAACGCACCAUUGUCAUUCCUGUUCGAAACCCUAUCAAGUUUUCCUAAGCCACGAACCAGAGUUUGACUGUUUAAAGUCUCAAGCAAUAGAGGAGAAAAUAAACCUUAUACGCUGGCUCCCGAAAUCCGGGCUUUCCCACUUCUUGUUAUCUUCCAAUGAACGUACUAUAAAACUUUGGCAGUUGACUGAACUACCGACACAAUCGUUUACAAAUCUGAAUUUCCCCGUUGAAUCCGGUUGCCGACGUAAAGUUGUUAUCAGGUCAUUAUCCGAUAUCAAAGUCCCUGUCUGUUUGAAGAAUUAUGGAAAUACAAAUAUACGUGUACAGAAUAAAAAAGUAUUUGCUCGUGCUCACGGUUUUUCAAUUGUCGGUUUGUCACCCUCUGCUGACCGUGAAACUUUCUUCUCUGCCGAUCCACUGAGAAUUAAUAUGUGGAACUUAGAAGUUACUAAUGAGGUGUUCAGUGUCAUUGAUCAUAUGCUUGAUCGUUUGGACGAUCGCUCACAUCUGAUAACCGGAAUUAGUUGUAGCAAUUCUUCUCCAUCAUUAUUUGCAUAUGGCACUAACAGGGGUUCCAUUUUUCUUUGUGAUACACGGUCAAGCUCUCUUUGUGACCACGCUUCUCUUGUUUUUCAUAGUCUUGCUGCAGACGAAUCAGAUGUGCUUACAAUUCUCACUAAUUCAGUUUCCGAUUUGAAAUUUGGCCAAUGCUCCGAUUACAUUAUAUUUUCCCGUGAUUAUUUGAGCGUUAAAACUUGGGAUUCACGAAUGCCAACUCAACCAGUUGAAGUUUAUCCUGUCCAACGUCAUUUAAAAAAGCAUUUAACUGUUUUAUACGAAAGUGAAUUACUUUUUGAUGAUUUCAAAUUAACUAUAUCUUCAAAUGAUCGUUGUAUAAUGACUGGUUCAUAUAAUAAUACUGUGAAAGUAUUUGAUCGACAAAAUCCAAUUGAAGGUUCUUAUAAACUGAUUAUGCAAGAUGAAGAUAUGAAUGCAUUCCAUGAUGCAUUUCGUACAACUGAUGAUAAUACUUCUGUGUUUGUUUCACCUAUAUCAUCAUCAACAUCAUCACCCGACGGUACUGAAUUAACGUGGCCACGAAGGAUACAUGAUGAUUUGAUUGAUAUCACUGAAAACUUUACCAGAUCAUCAUUUUCAGAUAAUAAUAUUAAUGAUAAUACUAGUACUAAUAAUCCCAAUGUUAAUGAAUCCAUAUUCACUGUGGAUGUUGGACGUAAAUGGUUGCAGGUUAGUUGGAGACCUUGGUCUACUGUAGCUGCUGUCAGUCAUACAGAUGGUAUCCACCUUAUUGAAGCAAUAAAUUAACAGAAUAAGUGCAAUUUUUAUAUGAUGUAUAUAUAUACAUACGUCUUUUUUUCCAGAAAAAUACAUUCCUUGUUGUGUUAUUUUUGUCAGCCUUAUUGUCUUUGGUUCUUAUUUUUUAGGAAAAAAUAUUUUUACAAGUAAUAUUAUUGGCCUUAUAAUGAUGAACUUUUUCCGACGAAUAAGUUUGUUUUAUUUCUUCCUGUCUUGAGCUAUUUUUUUUCUUCAGCAGAUAGUCACAAUUAACAUUCGGCGCUUUUUCCUUUUCCUCAUUUGUUCUCUCUUUCGUACUACUAAUACUAAUACUUUUACUACAACUGUUAUUGUUUGUUACUUAUCUUUAAAAAAAAGAAGGAAAAAGCCGUAUUCUUCUCUUUUUUUUUAAACAGACUACUAAUCAGUAAAUUGUUGUAUUCAUCCUUCCUUCUGACCACCACCACAACAACAACGAUGUACUUCAUUUCGUCUGUUUUGUUUGCCGUUGGUCUGCCGUGUAGUAAUUGCAUACCAUAUGCUAGGGAAAAUACACACAUACACACACACACACACGCGCUUUCAAAAAUCAACAGUUAGCUUAUUCUUCCUUCCUUCCUAUUCUCUUCACUACUGAUAUUUUGUGCCAAACACAUAUUUCCAAUGUUUAUGUUAUCGCUGUUACUAUUACUCAUAAUAAUAGUAACAAUUAUUAUUAUUAUUAUUUUCGUUGCCUAGAUUUCAAUUUAUGUGUAUAACACAUAUUUAUGCGCAUGUAUUUUAUGUACACUUUUCUCAUAGUAUGGUAUUAUUCUUUUCAUUCAAAAUAUGAAAACAACGAAACAGAUUAACUAGUUCCAAGUGGAAUGAAUACACAAUGUGUCUGAAAGUGUCUGUGUAUGUGACAAAAAGAGAGAGAGAGAGAGAGAGAGAGAACAAGACACAUACACAUAACCGACCAUACAUACUUCCUUGUUAAACCAAUCUCGCUCAUUCACCCUAUUUUGCUUUCUCACUUCAUUGAUACAUUAUUUUAUGAUGAGUACAAUUAUUGUUUUACUACUUUAUUGACAUAUUUUAAUGAGUAUGAUUAUUAUUUAUUUAUUUAUUUAUUCUGAAUGUUACUAUAAUAGAUUAUGUUUGGUAAUUUCUAGGAUAACUUUUCUUAAUUUAUUUAAUAUUAUUAUUAUGAACAGAAUUUGAAAAAGAAAGUAAUUAUUU